AUGCGUCGCCCUCCCCUCCCCUGCCCCGUCCCCAUGUGUGCGUCCUCGCCUCCCCUGCCCCCGUCCCGUGUGCGUCCCUCUCCCCCUCCCCUGCCCCCCGUCCCGUGUGAGUCCCCCAUACCCCUCCCCUGCCCCCCGUGUCCGCCGUGUGCGUCCCCUCCCCUCCCUGCCCCCCCGUCCCGUUCGUCCCCUCCCUCCCUGCCCACCCCUCCCGUGUGCGUCCCCCUCCCUCCCCUGCCCCCACCCGUCCCCCGUGUGCGUCCUCCCCUCCCUGCCCACCCCCGUCCCGAUGUGCGUCCUUCCACACCCUGCCACCUCCCGUCCCCGUGUGCGUCUCUUCUCCCCCUCCCCUGCCCCCGUCCCCGUGUGCGUCCCUCUUCCCCUCCCCUGCCCCCCGUCCUGAUUGAUGCGUGGUUCUUGUGUGCGCGCGCGCCCGCCUGGGCGCGCGCUUGCGCCCCUUCUCCUUCUUCGCUCUUUACCCCCCGCCGUUCCCUGCCGCUCUUUCCUCCUCUCUCCCUUGCCUUGUGCCCCCGCCUCCGCGCGUCGACACAUACCGUUUUUGCCCGCUGGCUCCCGUCUCCCCCGCCCCGCCCACCGCCCCCCCUCGCUCCCCGGUCCCCCGCCCCGCCCCCCCCUCGCUUCAACCGGUCUCCCGCCCGCCCCGCCCCCUCGCUCCCCGCUCUCCCCCCGAACACACCCGCCCCCUCGCUCCCCGCUCUCCCUCCCGCCCCGGUCCCCGCCCCCCGCCCACCACAAGCAUACGCUACAUCACCCACCAGCACCAGCCACCCGCCCGCCCCCCCUCGCUCCCCGGUCUCCCCCCCCGCCCCCGCCCCCGCCCCUCGCUCUCCCCGCUCAUCCCCCCGCCACCGCCCCCGCCCCCCUACCGCUCUCACCCCGCCCCGCCCGCCACCUAGCUCCCCGGUUCCCCGCCCCGCCCCGCCCCCUCGCUCACCGCUCUCCCCCGGCCGCCCCGCCCCUCGCUCCCGCUCUCCCCCGCCCGCCCCCGCCCCCUCGCUCCCCUCUACCCCCGCCCGCCCCCUCGCUUCCCGGUCUCCCCGCCGCCCCGCCCCCCGCCCCCUCGCUCCCCGGUCUCCCCCCCGCCCGCCCGCCCUCGCUCCCCUCUCCCCCCGCCCCCCGCCCCUCGCUCCCCGCUUCUCCCGCCCGAACCCCCCCCCCGCCCACCUCGCUCACCCGUCUCCCCCGCCCGCACCGCCCCCCGCCCCCUCGGCUCCCCGGCUCCCGCCCGCCCCCUCGCUCCCCGCUCUCCCCCCGCCCCGCCCCGCCCCUCGCUCCCCGCUCUCCCCCGCCACAGACAACACGACACCACCCCACAUCCGCUCCCCGGUCUCCCCCCGCCCGCCCCCGCCCCCGCCCUCUGCUCCCCGGUCUCCCCCCGCCCCGCCCCCCGACCCGCCCCUCCUCCCCGCUCUCCCCCGCCCCCGCCCCGCCGCCCCCCCCUCGCUCCCCCGCCGCGCCGCCCGCCCCUCCGCUCCCGGUUAUCAACCCAGCCCCGCCCCCCCGCCCCCCCUCCUCGCUCCCACGGUCUUCGCCCCGCCCAGCCCCCGCCCCCCCUCGCUCCCCGGUCUCCCCCGACCCCGCCCCCCGCUCCCGCCCCUCGCCUCCACGCUAUCCCCCGCCCCGCCCCCGCCACACUCGCUCUCCCCGCUCUCCCCCCGCCAACCCGCCCCCUAG